AUGAAGAAUCAAAUGCUUUCAUCCAUUGGCCUAUUCGCCGCAUCUGCUGUCGCUCAAACUGUUUUGAACAGCGGAUCGGGCUUUGGAACCCUUUACUACGACGUUUCGGAUGUAAAUGGCUGUCAAGAUGACUUUUCUCUCCAAAACGAGGGAUUUGUCGAAUGUAACUUCUUCACUGGUCUCUCGUUAGACCAGAUGAACACCGACUACGUUGUUGCCAUGAACUACACCCUGCUGGCCGGUGAUUUGGCCAAGUAUUGCGGAAAGAAAGUUAUUGUCACCAGCAAUGGUGUCCAAUCUAACCUCCCACUGUUUAUCGGUGAUGGUUGUGCACGAUGCGCUGGUGGCCCCAGCACCAACACCGCUUGGAACCCUAACGGCGCUCCAGGGUUGGAUUUCAGUUACACGGUUGCUCAAGAGCUGAACAGCAACGCAUGCUUUGCUGGCCACUUUGACAUUACUUGGGAAAUCGUUGACGAGACCCUUUACAACUUCGAUACCAACGCACCAGGUCAGCCUACCGGUCCCGUAAACCAGCGCCGCUCGGUCAACAAGCGAUCCGAGAGAGGGAGCCGUCGUCGUCUUUAG